CUAAAACAUAAAAAUAUAUAUAGGUCUGUAGUUCCUACCAUUUAAAAACAAAAUGGCAACUUCGCGGAAGAAAGACUUAUUUUUACAGUUUAUAAAAGUAUUCAUUACGUGUUUUUGUCUUUUCGCUAACAGUAAUAAGGUGUCAUGCGUUGGAACAGAUAGAACAGAACAUAAAAUGUACAUAGAAUUAGCAACACAGAGUGCUUGUUUUAGAAAUUUUAAUGCUACGCAUCAGGUUGGAUGUACUUCUAGUGAAAAUGGCAAUGUGGGAACUGUUCAUUACAUCCAGUCAAUCAAAGACAUGGAGUGGGUUUUGAAUUCUGGCCCACACAGUCCUUAUGUGGUAGUACUUAAGGCUGCUAAUUUCACAAGAGAUACAGUUAUAACAUUGGCACAGUCAAGUAGAGUGAAUGGGAUCAUGGUUAUAAAUGUGCAUAAUUCUACACAUAAUCCUUUACCAUCUGAUGGAUUCUCAUCUGUUGAUCAAUGCCCUAAUGAUAGAUUUGGUUUAUAUGCCGAUGACACAAAUUAUAACAAAUGCCAGAAGCAAAUAUGGAAUAAAGUAGGAACUUCUUUGCGUUUUGUAGACUUAAAGAUACCUGUGUUUGCUUUAUCUGAUAUUAAAGAUGUUGAUGCAGUCUUGAAUAAGUGCUACUUUCCUUUCAAUAAUCCCAUCAAUGAUACAGCCAGAGAUUACCCCUUAUGUUCUGCUGAAGUCAAGGCCAGAAUGGAUGGUGCUGUCAAUUCUGUAGUGUGCAUGAGGCGUACUUUAAGAACAACAUUGAGUCUGUCUGGACCUCAACAGUAUUGUGAUCCAAUGGGGGAUUUUAAUGUCAUAACAUUUAUGCAAAAAAUACCUUCUUCUAGCUCAAGGCAGGCCAGUUCAGUUAUCAUGGUAGCAACUAAGCUAGACUCGGUUGCCAUGUUUCAAAAUGAAUAUAAUGCUGCUGAUACUACUGUAGUUGGUGUGGUGACAUUGUUAGCCGCAGCACAAGCUCUUUGGAAACAGAAAGAGGAACUAAUUCAGCCACAUGCUAAAGAUAUAGUGUUUGCUUUCUUUCAAGGGGAAACAUUUGACUAUAUUGGUUCAAGCAGGGCGGUCUAUGAUAUUCAGAAAGGUAUUUUUCCUCAGGAGUACAGCAGUGAGGAUAAGAAUUCUGUCAGCAAGUUAAAUUUAACACACAUUGACCAAUUUGUUGAGCUCAAUCAAGUUGGUCUUAGAGACAAUUCUUCCCUUUGGGCACAUGUUGAUCCAAUCAGUCAGCCCAAUGUUGAGAAAAAGAUUGAGGAUAUGACUAAAUUUAUAAAGACAUUUGGUGAACAGCUAAAUAUCAGUAUAAAAUCUGCUGCUUCCAAACUUCCUUUGCCACCAGCAUCUGCCCAGAGAUUUUUAAUGGCCCGAAAGGACUUACCAGUUGUAGUUCUAACUGACCACGAAGCUGAAUUCACAAAUAAGUAUUAUAAUAGCCGCUUUGAUACAGCAGAUAAAUUAGGAGGGUUUGACUACCCUGAAGAUGCCAAUGAUACAGUGAAGUAUAACUAUAUUACGAAACAAGCUUUACUGAUUGCCAAUCUGUCUAGUACUUUAGCCAGAUAUCUGUAUAAUGCAUCAACUGGUAAAAUCCCAACUGCUGCAGUGCUUCCAAAUUUGACUGCUGAUCCUUUGAUGGUAACCAGAUUAUUGUACUGUUUUUUGAUCAGCCCAAAUUGUGAAUUAUUUUAUGAGAGUGUUGAUUCUGACAAUGCCCAAAGUUUAAAGGAUGCUAAGCAACCUUUUCCUUUUUAUGUAAGUGUAACAAGCCAUACUAAUGAAGUGACUCAGUUAGUGUACAGUUUGAUGGCAAGAUUCACAGGAACACUGAUUGACUCAAAUAAGAAUGAUUGUAAACAAGACGGGAAUUAUAAGCUUUUUAGCUUCACUUGGAUGCAAGGUGCUUUAAAAAAUAAUAGUAAUGAUAGACAAGGAUGGUGCUAUAAAGCAAUAGUUCAUUAUACCAAAGCAGUAUCCCCAGCUUUUGAAAUAGAUGAGUAUGAUUUGACUUCUGGAGAUUAUUCCUCUUGGACAGAGGCUAGAUGGGGUAGUAAAGCUAUUGGUAUUAGACUUUUUUUAAUGCCAAGUCCAGAAUUUCAGGCAUCCAUUCUGGCUGUUGGAAUAUUGAUGUUAAUUCUGUCUUUAGUCAUCGUAUAUAUCUGCCAGAAGAACAGUUCCGCAAUUUUCAGUGUUCACUCUGUGAGAACCAGUAGAAGUUACAGUCCAAUGACCUAAACUUUUCUCAGGAAUAUAAAUUAACACAAGUGCACAUGUUUGUUUUAAUGAAGAAAGACAUGUUAAUUUAGAUACGAUAAACAAGUUUACUCAAUUUGACCUUUCGAGUUCACCUAAAAUGUAAUUAACAUCUCUUGUAUUUAAAUACAAUAUUUAGUUUUGAUUUUUAAUAUGCUUUAGUUAUGACUUUUUGUUUAUUUUUUUUAUAUAUAUAGAUUCACUUUGUAUUGAUCUAAAAAAGAAUUUGUUUUUAAGUUAAGUAUCCAUUUUUUAUUAAUCAAAUAUAAUUUCUAGCCUACAACUAUUAAAGAAUUAUUUUGUUAGUAUUAAUAGCUAUGUACCACUUUGUUUUUUCCUUUGGCAACUGUCCAUUAAAUAUUUAAAAAAAUAACUUUCAUUUCACUUGACAUGAUUCUGUGACCUACACGUUUGACAUUUGAUGUAGACAAUAGCAGUUACCUAUUUAAGUUAUUUUUUUCCUUGUCUGCUCCUUUCCUUGGCUGUAGCUUCUAUUUUAUAACUAAAGUUUCUCUUGUAUAAUUUUUUUAACCUUGCGCAAUUUAUUCUAUUAUUUGAUCCAUCAAUUUUCUUUUGAAAUGCUUUUACUGUAUAACCAGUUUUUGUGACAUCACCAUACUAUGUUGAAAAUUUUCAAAAUAAUAAUGUCUUCUCUCUCUCUCUUUGUGUGUGUGUAUAUAUAUAUAUAUAUAUAUAUAUAUAUAUAUAUAUAUAUAUAUAUAUAUAUAUAUAUAUAUAUAUGUAUAAUUGAUUUAGAAAAUGUCAAAUUUUAUGUGGUAGUCAAGCCAUUUUCAAAAGUUUAAAACAAUUCCUCUGUUACAUUAUGUUUCUGGUCCAUUGUUUUCACAUCUUUUUCUUAUGUGGCAAAUGUUUUUUCAUCUAGAUGAAGUCUUCAACUCUUAUGUACAGCUUGCCAAAGAAUUUUAUAUCAUUGAUUUUUAGAUGGUCAUUUUUGCAAACAAAAAUGAUUUUCACAUCUGUACAUGUAUUUAACUAAUGUUUUCUUCUACAAUUCAAACAUGACAUAUGACUAUUCAUUUUUCAUACUUGAAGUGAUAACUCUCUCUGUGGCACUCUCCUGUGCCAAGUUUUGUUGCAUCUUCUACAGGACUGUAAGUCAAGUUAUUUGUGUAAAUGACUAAUCAUGAUGCAAAUGUCACCAAGUGAAUAGUGUUGACUAUUCAUUUGGUAGAAUUAUUAACAGGGAAAAAGGAUUUAAAAACAUUUACCUGUUCUUUGAGCAAAACCAGACAAUUGUCAAAUUGAGACAUAGGAAAUAUCAAUUUUAAUAGAUCAAUAACAUUCCUAAAGCACAAAAAUACUGAGGUUUCUUGUUUAAACUGUCAGGAUGAGGUCAUCAUUUACCAAUUACAAUGUAAAAAAUCAUAACAGGAGGAUAUCAUCAUUUAACAUUUUCAACUAGUGUAUCUGGAAGGAAGUUCUAUAAUUAUUUUAGUGAAAGUUAGUUUUGUAUCAUAGGCACAAAUGUAUCGAAAGCAACAGAAACAAUGAAUAGGCAAGCAGUGAUAAAAUAAAACUAAUAAAAAAGGAUUUGUUUGCCAAACAAAUGUACUGUCGGCAUUAAAACAACUCAAUAUGCAAACUACAAUAGUUCAAGGAUGCACUUUUUUUUUUCAAUUGUGUUUAUGCAUAGUAAAGUAUUAUCUUUCACUUGAAAUGAGAAGUUUGCUCUUUUAUCCAAAUCAAUAGCUGAAAAGAAUUUCAUUCAUUAUGUAUCUUCCAAUGUACAGCUGUAGAGUUGUUGUUUUUUUUUUUAUACUAUUGUUUGGUCUCCAUGUCUUUCUCCAUUUUGUAUGUUGUAGUAUUUAUAUUUUGAACUUAAAAUAUUUAAUAGUAGCUUUUAGACAAGGAUAAUGAAAGAACAUAAGUAAAUAUGCUUGACAAGUUCUACAUACUAAAUAUUUGCCAGAAACUAUAAAUUUUUCAUACAUAUUCAAUGCAAUAGAUCUACUUAGAUUUCAUGAAUGGAUUCAACAUUUUAUUGUACAAAAAUAUUUUCUGAGUUAAAUAUCAUCAAAAUUAAAAAUAAAAAAAGGAAAGCUAAUGAAGAAAUUUUACCAGUCCAUAGUUUAUGUCAAGUUGAUGUGAAGUCAAUGGGAUAUAGGUCUGGCCUUGCAUUUUUCUUUUUAGUUUAUUCAACUCAAAAAGGACACCUGGUCUGGGCAAAAUGAAAAGGUUAUUACAUCAGAUGAACUGUUGGCUACACAAAUCUAUAAAUGGUCCUUAACAUCUUAAUAUAUUUUUUACCUUUUUUACUUUCCACUGAGAAGGUUUACAAAAAAAAGUUAAUGGUGAAAGUAACUUGUCUGAGUAGUGUAUAUGUGAGUUGAUGUUUUAUUUAUUUUGAUUGCAAUUAAAUGGUCCUAAUGUAAUAAUGGAUUGAAGUUUUCUAUGUGAUCAUUGCCUAUAAAAUGUGUUACUUUCUUUUGAUAAGAAGAUGCACCAGAGAAAGAUGAAACUAUGGAACAUGCACUUUCUGCAGCAUUCUUUUAAAUUAGGGAAUACCGGUCAAUGUAUCAACCAUGUGUUUUUUUUUCUAGACUAUUCAAUACAAUCAAUUAGCCUUA